CACUCACCGGUCACGUGACAGGGAAGCGGUACUGGCCCUUUAACAACUCGCUGGUCUCUCUUGCCAUUUGCCCGCUUGUGUUUUCAUCGUCGCUCUCCGAGUCAUGGCCACCCAUUCUACCGAAGAGCCGUUCCCCUUCCACGGGCUGCUGCCCAAAAAAGAGACCGGCGCCGCGUCCUACCUGUGCCGCUUCCCCGAGUACGAUGGCCGAGGGGUGCUCAUCGCCAUUAUGGACACCGGCGUGGAUCCGGGGGCCCCCGGCAUGCAGGUGACCACAGACGGGAAGCCAAAGAUUGUUGAUAUUAUCGACACAACAGGCAGCGGUGAUGUGAACAUGACCACGGUGGUGGAACCCAAAGAUGGGACAAUCACCGGCCUCUCUGGGAGAAUACUGACGAUCCCUCCUACUUGGGUCAACCCAUCAGGGAAGUAUCACAUUGGAGUUAAAAAUGGCUAUGAGUUUUUCCCUAAGGCGCUUAAAGAAAGAAUACAGAAAGAGCGAAAGGAGAAGGUGUGGGACCCAGCACACCGAGCAGCAAUGGCUGAUGCCUGUCGCAAGACUGAGGAGUUUGAUCUCUCCCACCCGACCCCAUCCCAGGUAGAAAAGUUACAGAAAGAAGAGCUGCAAAGUCAAUCAGAGCUGCUUCUGUCUCUAGAAAAGAAAUACAGUGAUCCUGGUCCUGUAUACGACUGCAUUCUUUGGCACGAUGGUGUCACGUUUAGAGCUGUAGUGGACACAUCUGAGUGUGGAGAACUGUCCAAGUGCACUGUGCUGAGCUCCUACAGAGAGUCGCAGAAGUAUGCGACGUUGGGGAGUGCGGAGAUGCUCAACUACUCUGUGAAUGUCUACGAUGAAGGAAACACGCUCUGCAUUGUCACAAGUGGAGGGGCCCACGGGACACAUGUUGCCAGCAUUGCAGCAGGUUACUUCCCAGAAGAACCAGAGCGUAAUGGCGUUGCCCCCGGUGCUCAAAUUUUGGCUCUGAAGAUCGGAGACACACGACUUAGCACCAUGGAAACAGGCACUGGACUCAUCAGAGCGAUGAUCGAAGUGAUCAACUACAAGUGUGACCUGGUUAACUACAGCUACGGGGAAGCCACCCACUGGCCCAAUUCAGGGCGAAUUUGUGAGGUGAUCACAGAGGCUGUGCAGAAGCACAAUGUUAUAUUUGUUUCGAGUGCAGGAAACAACGGCCCCUGUCUCUCCACUGUCGGCUGCCCCGGAGGAACCACCAGCAGUGUCAUAGGUGUUGGAGCCUAUGUGACCCCAGACAUGAUGGUGGCUGAGUAUUCCCUGAGGGAGAAGCUACCCGCCAAUCAGUACACCUGGUCCUCCAGGGGCCCGAGUACAGACGGGGCACUCGGGGUGAGCAUAAGUGCCCCCGGUGGCGCCAUUGCAUCCGUACCCAACUGGACUCUCCGUGGGACCCAGCUGAUGAACGGCACCUCGAUGUCAUCCCCCAACGCUUGCGGAGGCAUUGCUCUUGUCCUGUCAGGAUUAAAACAAAAUGGCAUUCAGCCGUCUGUUCCUGGUGUGAGGAGAGCGCUGGAAAACACAGCUUUGAAGGUUGAAGACAUUGAAGUGUUUGCUCAGGGCCAUGGCAUCAUUCAGGUGGACAAAGCAUUAGACUACCUCACACAAAAUGCCUCCUUGCCCACCGGCCAUCUGGGUUUCUCCGUGACUGUGGGAGCACAGAGAGGCAUCUACCUCAGGGAUCCAGCCCACCUCCUGUCCGCCUCAGACCACGGUGUAGGAAUCGAGCCCCUCUUCCCGGAAAACACAGCAAACUUGGACCGAAUCUCCCUGCAGCUACACUUGGUCCUCACGUGUUCCGCCCCAUGGGUUCAGUGCCCUUCCCACCUAGAGCUGAUGAACCAGUGUCGUCAUGUCAACGUCCGCGUGGAUCCUGUCGGUUUGAAAGAGGGGGUGCACUAUACAGAGGUGUGUGGCUAUGACACGGCAGCUCCUGGUUGCGGGCCCCUGUUCAGAGUCCCCAUCACCGUCAUUAUUCCCACCAAGGUGACAGAGAGUCGGAAUCAUGAGCUGUGUUUCAAAGACGUCCACUUCAGACCAGGACAGAUCAAACGCCACUUCAUCACUGUGCCUCAGGGAGCCUCCUGGGCAGAGAUCACACUGACAUCUCAUUCUGGAGACGUGUCUUCAAAGUUUGUCCUGCAUGCGGUGCACCUAGUCAAACAGAAAGCAUACAGAGCCAACGAGUUCUAUAAGUUCUCCUCACUUUUGGAGAAAGGCUCACUAACCGAGGCCUUCCCUGUCCUGUCAGGCAAGAUUGUGGAACUGUGCAUUGCACGCUGGUGGGCAAGUCUGGGAGAUGUCACCGUGGACUACAGCAUCUCCUUCCAUGGACUCAGUAUAUCUCCUUCGCCGCUGCACAUUCAUGCGUCAGAAGGAGUGACAAGUUUUGAUGUGUCUUCACCUUUGAGGUAUGAAGAAGUGUCACCGACUAUUACCCUCAAGUCUUGGGUUCAGCCUCUAAGGCCGCUAAGCUCAAAGAUAAAACCUUUGGGAGGGAGGGAUGUUCUACCCAACAACAGACAACUCUAUGAGAUUGUUUUCACGUACAGUUUUCAUCAGCCUAAAAGCGGAGAAGUGACCCCGAGCUGCCCCAUGCUGUGUGAGCUGCUGUACGAGUCAGAGUUUGACAGUCAGCUCUGGAUGCUGUUUGAUCAGAACAAGAGACUACUCGGCUCAGGGGACGCCUAUCCACAUCAGUAUUCUCUCAAGCUGGAGAAGGGCGACUACACGGUGCGCCUGCAGGUGCGCCACGAGUCGUCAAGUGAGCUGGAGCGCCUAAAAGACCUGCCGUUUGUGGUCUCCCAUCGGCUGUCCACCACCCUUAGCCCCGAUAUCUACGAGACGCACCGUGCGGCCCUCAUGGCCAAGAAGAAGGCGAACUCUGUGACUCUCUCUCCGGGGGCCACGCAGCACUUCUAUGUCACAGCCUUGCCGGAUGACAAGAUUCCGAAAGGGACAAGUCCAGGAUGCUAUCUCUCAGGGUCUCUUGUUGUGGCAAAGAGCGAGUACGGGAAGAAAGCAGGGCAGUCCUCUGCAAAACGACAAAGAAAGUUUAAAAAGGACAUUGUUUCUGUCGUCUACCACCUGAUCCCUGCGCCCAACAAGGCGAAGAACGGCGGGAAGGAGAAGGACAAGGACGGCGAAAAAGAGAAAGACGUUAAAGAAGAGUUUGCGGAAGCCAUGAGAGACUUGAAGAUUCAGUGGAUGACAAAGUUGGACUCUUGCUCGCUUUAUGAUGACCUGAAGGAGAAUUACUCUGAUUACCUUCCUUUGCAUGUGCAAAGAUUACAUCAGCUGGACUCUGAAAAGGAGCGUGUAAAACGUCUGAGGGAGGUAGUAUCCGCCGCCGACACGGUCAUCUCCCACAUUGACCAGACCGCCUUGGCUGUUUUCUUCACCAUGAAAACGGACCCUCGACCUGACGCCGCCUCCAUCAAGACGGACAUGGAGAAGCAGAAGUCGUCCCUGCUGGACGCUCUGUGUAGGAAGGGCUGCGCUCUGGCCGACCAGCUUGUCACGCCCACGCCUCAGGACUCUAGCGACGCCGUCGCCACGGGCCAAGCCGAUGUGGAGGAGAUUGGUGUUCAGUUGCCAAGCAGUUCUGACGACACGCUGCAUGGUGUGGCUGACAAUCUGAUGGAAACCUUCUGGGAGGUGCAGAAGUGGGCGGAGCUGACUGAGUCCAAGGUACUGAUGUUCUCCUACAAACACGCUCUGGUGAACAAGAUGUAUGGCAGAGCCUUGAAGUAUGCCUCCAAAAUGGUGGAGGAGAAGCCAGCAAAGAAAACAUGAGGAACUGCAUCCAGCUCAUGCGUCACCUGAAAUGGACGCACUGUGCUACUUUCACGGAGAACUGGCUGCCUGUGAUGUACCCCGCAGACCACACCCCUUUCUAGGAACGCCUCCUCAGACAACCGAGCACGCCGUAGAGUCCAGCGGCCAUUUUGAAAGAACUCACCGAGUCUGUCGAUCCGAGUGCCACCAGCAGCACAACCGCAAAUCCUUGGAUGUAUUUACCUCUUCUUGGUACUCAUUCAGUCUUCUACUAUUUGUUCACGCUCGCCCCGGUCUCCAGGGUCCAAGGACCACCGGGGAGGGCGUCCUCACGUCUUUGUGCCAUGCUCACCGCCCUCUCAAGUUCACUUUCCCACUGGACUCAGCAGACCUCAGAACAUAGGACGGCAUUGUGGUGCCUUCACUGACGCCGGGUGCAACGGACGCUCACCAGCCUGCGGUGUCACCCGCACCUCGUGUUUGUCACCUCGAGGACCCGGUACCUAGCGGACUUCAGCGGGAUCCGGGCUCACCUGAUGCACAGCGUUGCAACUCCAAGUAUGUACAUAGAUAGGACAACAUAGUACCAUGCAAUAAGUAUUUACUGUUGUAUUCCACUUGAUGUACAUUUAUGCAUGUCGUGUAGGAUUUCAGGAAAAGUGUUUUUAUUUCUGGGCUCAUUUUCAUUUGCAUGAUUUUUACAUUUUUCAUUUUCCAAAGGCACGUGUGUAGGUCAGCGGUCCCUUUUUUUCUUUGAUUUGAUGUUUUCACAUGUGUAUUGACUCAUUAAUUGUAUUUUAUCCUACGUUACUUUUAGUGUUUUUAGUAACAGCUGCCCACUUUGCACAUGAUUAAUGGAGGUUAAUUUGUGUGGGGGGUUUUUAACAAAAGCUCUUUUUUGGACACAGAAUUUAUGUCACUGAAUUUUUUGCGCUUGAAUUUUGUGAACUGAAUUUUUUGACACCAAAUGAUGCUGACAAUUUCAUUGGAUACAAAAUUGUCAGUAAAAUAUGUGCGUUUAAAAGUUUAGUUUGUUAAAAUUCAGUGUAAAAACUGAAGGAAUCGAUCCAGUCUUAGAACCAACCCAUGAGACGCUCCAGUCCUAAUUAUUUAUUUAUUUAAUUAAUAAAUAUGUAAUUAUUAAUUCAGUUCUAAUUAAUUAUUAAAGUAUUAGAUAUUUAAUUAUUAAUUCAGUCUUGAUUAUUACAUUAAUAAAUAUCUUAUUAAUUCAGUCCUAAUUAUUAAAUUAAUAAAUAUCUGAUUAAUAAUUCAGCCUUAAUUAUUAAAUUAAUAAAUAUCUUAUUAUUAAUUCAGUCACAAUAAUUUAAUCAUUAAAUGAAUAGAUAUCUAAUUGUUAAUUCAGUACUAAUUAUUUAAUUAUUAAAUUAAUAAAUAUCUAUCAAUUCAUUUCUAAUUAUUUAUUAAAUAAAGGAAUAAAUAUUAAAGUAUUAAUCCAGUCCAAAUAAUUUCAUUAUUAAAUUAAUAAAUAUAAAAUUAUCAAUUCAGUCCUAAUUAUUAAAUUAUUAAAUGAAUAAAUAUCUAUUAAUUCAGUUCUAAUUAUUUAAUUAUUAAAUGAAUAAAUAUCUAAUUAUUAAUUCUGUCCUAAUUACCUGAAGUGAGUCUUGAGUUUUCAAAUUGUAUUGGAGAGUUUUUUUAACAAAUAUUUUCUGCACUGAAUUUUAAAAUCCUAAAUGAUUUUACUCAGUUUUUAUUUUCAAGACACAAUUUUUUUUUCAGACUGAAAUUUAAAACUCAAAUGUUGGUUAAAAAAAAAUUGUAUUCCAUAAAAUUGUCAGCAUAAUUUGAGCAAUUCACAAAAUUCAAACGCAAUUCAAGUGUCCAAAAAAAUAAUUAGUGAUAAAGACAAAUUAACAUCCAUACAUGAAGAAAUAUUUGUUUCUCUUUAUUGGUAAUGUUGCCCAUCAAUCUUUAUGUGAAACAAGAACACCCUGCAUUCUAAAUAGUAAAAAAACUGCUGGCACGAAGCGGCUAACAACAAAAGUUUUGGAGAUUUCUCUAUUCUUCCUAUAAAUCUUUCUAAAACAACCCACCAAAAACACUCGUUUAUUUACGCGACCUGCGUAUUAACGAGCUAUAGCGACAUUGUUCACGUAAGCGCUAACACAGAGGAACUACUUUUCUGGCGUAGGGACACACCGCCCUCACUCUCGCUGCUACUUGAGCUGAUAAUGUUGCUAAAUCCCCUCCCUUUAUACUGUCUAUAAAAUUGUUAUAAGUACACCUCUGCAUGACAUUGUAUCCUUAUUAACAUGAAAGAAAACACACACGUAGUCCUCCCGUAUUCGCAGUGAGUUGAGCAGGACUCGUGAUUCGGAUGUGAACCGAUUUAUUUUUUUUGCAAGCUUAGUAAAAAUUACAUGUUAUCGUCAAUGUGCU